AUGGCUCUCAACGCAUUCCUGGUCUUGGCUUGUGUGGCCACCGCCCACGCGUGGGGUGGACUGUUCAACAGGUUCAGCUCAGACAUGCUGGCAAACCUUGGCUACGGCAGGGGACCCUACCGCCACUACGCUUAUGGUCAGGUGGAACCAGAAGACGUAUACCCCGAGGCCCUGGAGUCAAACCGGAUCGAGGACGUGGUGGAGGAGACAGCCCACUGCUACAGCUCACCAUGCGUCACCAACGGAGACUGCUGCCGUGGACUCCUAUGCUUGGAGACAGAGGACGGAGGGCGUUGCCUGCCAGCGUUUACCGGCAGGAAACUCGGAGAAAUCUGCAACAGGGAGAACCAAUGCGACGCUGGACUGAUCUGCGAGGAAGUUGUUCCAGGUGAGAUGCACGUUUGCCGCCCGCCAUCUGCCGGUCGGAAACAGUACAACGAGGAAUGCAACGCUUCCAGCGAUUGUGACAUCACUCGUGGCUUGUGCUGCAUCAUGCAACGCCGGCACCGCCAGAAACCCAGAAAGAGUUGCGGAUACUUCAAGGAGCCGUUAGUCUGCAUUGGACCGGUGGCCACUGAUCAGAUUCGGGAAUACGUCCAGCAUACUGCCGGGGAGAAACGCAUCGGCGUAUACAGGCUCCAUUAA